AUGGCACGCGGAGGGAACACAGUGACUGAGGAACCCAUUCCUCUUGAUGCAAACGCAACUCAUCAAGAAGCACAACACGGUGAUGAAGGCGCCGCCGAAAUGGUGAAAAUCGAUGAAAAUGCUGAGUUCUUGAACGGUGAAGGUUCUGCUAAAGCGGUGAAAGAAGGUUCUUCUUCUUCUUCUCGUCAAGUUGUUGUGAAAAAGAAGCGAGGAAGGAAGAAAGGGCAACGGAACAAAGUGAGAGAGGAAGCCAUUCCUCUGGACUCAAACGCAACUCAUCAAGAAACACUACACGGUGAUGGAGGCGCCUCCAAAAUGGUGAAAAUCGAUGAAAAUGCUGAGUUCUUGAACCGUGAAGGUUCUGGUAAAGCGGAGAAAGAAGGUUCUUCUUCUUUUGGUCAAGUUGUUGUGAGAAAGAAGCGCGGAAGAAAGAGUAAAGCGAAGAAAGAAGAAGAAGAAGAACUUGUAAGUGGAAAUAAGAGAGGUAAGAAAAAUGAUUCUUCUGUAAGCGAAGACGUUCAGAAUCAUUAUGCUUUUAGGGACCGUAAAGACAACAACAAAAGGGAGAUUAUGCCAAAAAUCAACAAAGACCGUAAAUGGAUCGAAGAGGAGUCCUUAAUGUGCCAUCAAUGUCAGAGAAAUGAUAAAGGCAGGGUUGUGAGGUGCAAAAGUUGUAAGAGUAAAAGAUAUUGCAUACCCUGUUUAAAUAAUUGGUAUCCUCACUUGAAAGAGGAUGAUAUUGCUGAGAAAUGUCCUGUCUGCUGUGGUAAUUGUAAUUGCAAAGCAUGCUUGCGAUCCAAGGAACUUAUUAAAGAAAUGAAGAAAGUUGUGGAAACCAAUAAAGAUGGGAAAACCAAAAAAGAUGAGGAGAUUGAGCACCAUAAGUAUUUGCUGAAAGCACUUCUUCCGUACUUAAGACAGUUGGAUGAAGAACAAAUGAUUGAGAAGGAGAUAGAAGCUAAGAUAAGAGGGCUCUCGCUCUCAGAGCUAAAUAUAGAAAAAGCAGAUUACUCUAUGGAUGAGCGUGUAUACUGUGACAACUGCAAAACAUCAAUAUUUGAUUACCACAGAAGCUGUACAAAAUGCUCUUUUGAUCUUUGUCUGAUCUGUUGCCGUGAGCUUCGUAGUGGGCAGCUUUUAGGUGGUGGAGAUCCAAUUGAGUUAGAGUUUGUCUUCCGAGGUCGUGGUUAUUUGCAUGGUGAAGAAGAAAAAAGAAAGGAAGAAGGCAAAACAUCACAUGCUGAUGCUAAGCCUGGGAUUCGUGAAUGGUCAAGGUUUGAGUGGCGUGCAGAAAGUGAUGGUAGCAUUCCUUGUCCAAAAGUCAACGAUGCAUGCAACCAUAGCUUUCUUGAACUGAGAAGCAUAUUUGGUCCAAAUGAUAUCUCUGAGUUAGUAUGUAAAGCAGAAGAACUGGCCAAAGCGUAUAAGCUUCAAGAUGCAGUUGAGACUCUUGACAAUUGGUGUUCAUGUUUGAAGCGGGGUGGAAACACAGAUGUUAGAUAUAAUAAUAUGAGGAAGGUGGCUUCUCGUGAAGAUUCCAGUGACAAUUGUUUAUACUGUCCUAGGGCUGUAGAUCUACAGCAUGAGGAUUUAAGGCAUUUUCAAUGGCAUUGGAACAAAGGGGAGCCUGUCAUUGUUAGCAAUGUACUUGAAUGCACAUUUGGUUUAAGCUGGGAACCACUUGUCAUGUGGCGUGCAUUCCGUCAGAUAACGAACACCAAACAUCAUCAACAUUUGGAUGUGAAGGCAAUUGAUUGCUUAGAUUGGUGUGAGCGAGAGAUUAAUAUCCAUCAAUUCUUCACUGGUUACACAAAUGGUCGUAAGGAUUGGCUUGAUUGGCCUCAAGUAUUGAAAUUAAAAGAUUGGCCUCCUUCUAAUUUAUUUGAGGAACGUUUACCUCGUCAUUGUGCUGAGUUCAUAUAUUCCUUGCCCUAUAAGGAAUAUACAGAUCCUCUCAGAGGUGCUCUUAACCUUGCUGUGAAGUUGCCUCAGCGUUGUCUAAAGCCACACAUGGGGCCAAAAACAUAUAUUGCGUAUGGAUUUGUUCCGGAGCUUGGGCGUGGUGAUUCUGUGACUAAGCUCCAUUGUGAUAUGUCUGAUGCAGUAAAUGUGUUGACUCAUAUAGCUGAAGUGAAAUUGGAUUCUAAACAACUUACUGCCAUUGAGAAAUUGAAACAAAAGCACCUUGAGCAAGACAAAAGGGAGCUACGCAGAGAUGAUCAGGGUGGAGAAACUGAUGUUGACAUGUUGGGUAAUUCAUCUUCUAAUGUAAAUGCUUCUGAAAAGCAAAAUAGUGUUCAAGCCAUGGAACAUGAAAGUGGAUUAUGUGAUGGAAAAGUGGUUGAGCAGUUUCAUCAACCCUCUGGUGGGAAUGAGGUUGCCAUUGCUAACGAGGAUGAUCUUUCAUGUGGGUCCGAGCUCAAAGAGGUUGAGAAAGAGAAAUUGAAGCAAGAAAACAGUAUGUUAGUUGGGGGAGAUGCUUCAGAAGGUGCUCUCUGGGAUAUUUUUCGUAGACAGGAUGUACCUAAACUGCAGGAAUAUCUGAUGAAGCAUUUCAGAGAGUUCAGGCAUGUCCAUUGCAGUCCUUUAAAGCAGGGCUGUCAGUUCUUGUUAUUUCAGUUAGAUCAGCCUAGCUUGCUCUGCAAGCCUCAUCUGUAUCUCUAUAAAUUGAUCUCUGCAGAUGCCAGAGCAUCAUAA